AAUAAACUAGACAGAUUCCGUUUUGGGUAUGAACGGAAACUUCUUUUUCUCUUUCAACCUUCAGCGAUCCAGCUUCAGCCUUCAGCCUUCAGCCUUCAGCUCCAAGCUCUAACUAGAAAACCAUACACAAAAUAAAUUAUACAAAAAAAAUAAUAAUUCAGAUCCUUAUUAAAAUCCAUCGAUGGCGGUGGCCGUCCGAGGAAUCCGAGGGGGAGGCAGCGGCGGCAUCAAUGGUGGAUUACGUGCCUUUUUCUCUCACCGGAUCUUCAUCUCCGCCACGUUCACUCUUCUAUUCCUCGCCACUCUCUCUGCUCUCUUCUCCCCUCACCCUCACCACCACCCCUCACUGCCUAGUAGCGGAAAUGCUUACGUGCAACGCACUUUUUUGGCGAUCAAAUCAGAUCCGUUGAAAACACGAUUAGAUUUGAUAUAUAAGCAAGCAAAUGAUCACAUGACGUUAGUUAAUGCAUACGCCGCGUAUGCGAGAAAGCUGAAGCUUGAUAUUUCUAGGCAGUUAAGAAUGUUUGAUGAAUUAGAUAAGAAUUUAACGGAUUUACCGCUGAAACCGAGUUAUAAAUCCUCGCUUUUCGAGCCGGGUAGUGAUGUAGAUGAGGAUGUUUUGAGGCAAUUUGAGAAGGAAGUAAAGGAGAAAGUGAAAGUUGCGAGGUUAAUGAUUGCGGAAGCGAAGGAGAGUUAUGAUAAUCAGAUAAAGAUUCAGAAGUUGAAGGAUACAAUUUUUGCUGUUAAUGAGUUGUUGAUCAAGGCGAAGAAGAAUGGAGCGUUUGCGAGCUUGAUUUCUGCCAAGUCGGUGCCGAAGAGUUUGCAUUGUUUGGCAAUGAGGCUUGUGGGGGAGAGGAUUGCCCAUCCGGAGAAGUACAAGGAGGAAGGGUAUAAGGCGGAGUUUGAGGAUCCGAGUUUGUAUCAUUAUGCGAUUUUUUCGGAUAAUGUGAUCGCGGUUUCGGUUGUGAUUAGGUCUGUGGUGAAGAAUGCGGAGGAGCCUUGGAAACAUGUUUUUCAUGUGGUUACGGAUAAGAUGAAUGUUGCAGCUAUGAAGGUUUGGUUUAGGAUGCGGCCUGUGGAAGGUGGUGCGCAUGUGGAGAUUAACGCUGUGGAGGACUUUAGUUUUCUGAAUUCAUCGUAUGUGCCGGUUUUGAAGCAGCUUGAGAGCGCUAAAAUGCAGAAGUUUUAUUUUGAUAAUCAGGCAGAGAAUGCUACCAAAGAUGGGAGUAAUAUGAAGUUUAGGAACCCUAAAUAUAUGUCAAUGUUGAAUCAUCUUCGGUUUUAUUUGCCUGAGAUGUAUCCUAAGCUGCAUAAGAUUCUGUUUUUGGACGAUGAUGUUGUUGUUCAGAAGGAUUUGACUGGGUUGUGGAAGGUUGAUCUGGAUGGUAAGGUGAAUGGAGCUGUUGAGACUUGCUUCGGGUCAUUUCAUCGUUAUGCACAGUAUCUGAACUUUUCACAUCCUUUGAUUAAGGAGAGGUUCAACCCCAAGGCUUGUGCUUGGGCUUUUGGGAUGAAUAUAUUUGAUCUUGAUGCUUGGAGGCGUGAGAAAUGCACAGAGCACUAUCAUUAUUGGCAGAGCCUGAAUGAGGAUCGUACUCUUUGGAAAUUGGGUACUCUCCCACCUGGCUUGAUUACCUUCUACUCCACGACGAAGUCACUGGACAAAUCCUGGCAUGUGCUUGGUCUCGGAUAUAAUCCAAGUAUUAGCAUGGAUGAGAUCAGCAACGCUGCUGUCAUUCAUUACAAUGGAAACAUGAAACCAUGGCUUGACAUUGCUAUGAACCAAUACAAGAAUCUCUGGACUAAAUAUGUAGACAAUGAUAUGGAAUUUGUUCAGAUGUGCAAUUUUGGUCUUUAGACGAACACCGCUCCUGCUCCAUUACUGGCCAGGUAGACAGCAACGAGCUAUCUAGUAUGAAGUUCUAUUUGGGCAGUGCAAAAUUCUUCAUCUGAAGAAGAGGAAGCUAAAUAUGAACAACAAUGAUUUCUAAGGGGAGACAUGGAAGUGAAAGUGAGCAUAGAGGCCAGCCUUAGGAAUUAGAAAGACUUCAAUACAUUGUUUUCAUGCCUUUCUUGGAAACUAUUGCUCCUUAUAAUGGUCAUUAGUUAGACCAAUAGGAGAGUGCCCAACUAUUUCACUGCUACAGAAGAUCCAGUACAAGACACCCUACAAUGAAUUAAAAGCUAAAUCAAUAACAACCAGUAGAAACAUUACACUUCAGCAAUUAAGAAACGUAACAUGCUGACACGGCUAGUAGUAUGCUUCUAUCAUGCCAUCUGGCGCAGUUCUCUCAUUGAGUUCUGCUGCGUCUUGAUUCUGCUCUUUUAUGAAACAUCUUGUGGGCUACCCUCUGCGCAGCUUUUUAUUGCUUUAAUAAAUUUGUGCAAGUUUUCAUUUGAGCCUAGCGGCUUCAACUUCAAGAACUAUGCGAUAGACACGCGCUUAUGGACUUGGGAGGUUGCUUGGCGGUGUUCUAUGUUUGUUGGACACUUGUUGAAAUCUGCUUGUAAAUUGCUGACCUGGAAAUUAUUUGUCUAUAUGCAGGUUACUUUUCUUCUAUUAUUAUACUAUAUAGUAAAAAAAUCGAGUAAGAAACGCAGGUGCUUCACUGUUUGUAUAUAUUCCAUCAUGAAUACAUGCCAUUUAUAUAUAUACUCAAUAAAAAUAUCAAUUACCAAAUAUAUUUAAAAUAUUUAAAUAUAUUAAAUUAAUUUAAUAAUAAAUAUUAGCCUAUUAAUUAUAUUAAUGUUAAUCAUUUAAAUUUUAUGUAUUAUUAUUAAAAUUUAAAUGAUUAAAUCAAUGAAAUUUAUUAAUUAUUAAAAUAACUAUCAUUAAUUAUAAUUUUAAAUUAAUAUAUCAAUAAACUUAAUGUUUUAAUUAAAAUUUAUUUAAGGUGUGUUUGAGAUUGUGGUAAUGGAUAGGCUUUAAAGUAAUUUUUAUUUAGAAAUAUAUUAAAAUAAUUUUUUUAUUUUUUAAAAAUUAUUUUUGAUAUUACCAUAUCAAAAUAAUUUAAAAACAUAAAAAAAUUUAAUUUCAAACAAAUUUUUUAUUUAAAAAAUACGAUUUUCAUGGUAUUUCCAACAUAAAUUUAUGAGGUUGCUACACUCCAAGAACUGCCUAAUCCAUCGUCAAUGUGGAAAAGCCCAGCAAACCCAUUUUGUUGCGACUUACUUUUCGCUCCUGUUGCCGACGAUGUUGUUGUCGUUGGUGGCUGUCAUUGAUACUUGUAGCUGUGGUUUCUGUCACGAUGGUCGUCGUUGUUGCUGCUGCUUCAACCAUGCUCCUCCAAGAUCUUUCAUGCAACCAACCAAAUCUACCAUCGCGCAUGCCUCUAACAAUCCCAAGCGCCACCGCGGUUUGCCACCGGAAUCUACAGCUACAUACAUAAAAAGAUCGGAGAGGUAAAGGAGAUGAUAUUACAUGACGAUGAACUCACAUCAGCUGCUGUCAUCGUUAAUUAUUGCUGUUGUCGUCGUCUUUUAUGUGUCAUGGGCAACAAUGUAUAUAUGGGGGUGUGACUGCUGGUGCCGAUGUGGUGACUCGAGACAGCGCGGAGACCGCUGUUGAUGGCUGACGAUGGCCGAUGUUGAGAUGGGAUUGAGUAUGGCUUUGAAAAAUAAUAAGAAAGGGCACGAGAAACGGUGGUGAGAAACAAUCCUGAUUAAUGUUAUUAAUUAUGGCUUUCAUUUGCAAUGCUCCACAAAAUGCCAAAGAGAGGGUUGUUUACUUGUUAUUAACAUACAAUAACAUAUUUUUGUUUGCAUUAAAAAUAUAAAUAUAAUUCUUUAAAAGUGAAUAUGCAAAAUAUUCACAUGCUCAAAAUUA